GAAGCCAGAAUAGACAGAGACAUGAGAAUAGAGUGCUGCUAAUAAACAUGAGAUAGAGACGACUGAAAAAUGGUUGAGAAUUUGAAAACGGUACAUGCCUUAAAAUCCCCCUCCCACAAAUUGUCAAAAAAGAAAAAUGUCAUCAAUGUCAAAUAGAAUUUGUCAUUGUGAAGUCGUCGUCCGAGGGGUACGUACGGUCCGUUGCCUUUAAAUAUAAAAUCCCGUUUUUUAAAUUUAACUUUUUAAAAAAAAGGCCAUUGAAUGUGCUAUUAAAUAAAAUUAUUCCAAGUAAAGUUUCCGCGUUCGCCUGUGAAAUGCACCAUGGCAGUGUUGGUACCGAAUAUAAACGGACACAUACAAAACCAUUUGACCAGAUCCUUGGAAAGGAUUUUGGAAGAGGCAAAUCAAAGUGGAGAACUCAAAUUGAGCAACAGGAAGUUAAAAGAUUUCCCAAAGGCUAAGGAUAAAUAUAAUUUAAGUGAUACGGUUAUUGCAGAUCUCUCAAAAAACCGUUUCAGCGAGUUGCCCGAAGAAAUAUCCGACUUCCAUUUUUUAGAACGGCUGCAGUGCUACCACAACGCGAUCCGAUUCAUUCCUGACUCCAUCAGUAGCUUACAAUGUCUGAGUUUCUUGGACCUCAGCCGGAACCAAUUAACUGCCUUACCGAGAGAAAUAUGUUUAUUACCGAUACAGAUCCUAUUAGUUUCAAACAACCGGCUCUCUUCUCUACCGGACGAUCUCUACAAAAUGUCCCAUCUGACCGAACUGGACGCUUCAUGCAACCAAAUCACCCAUUUCCCGCCACGAAUGGGCGAAUUGAAGUCGAUGCAAUCGUUGGUGUUGCGUAGUAACCUUUUGCUGGCUGUGCCCAUCGAAGUGACGUACUUAAGACUGAUAAGGCUCGAUCUGAGGGCCAACCGUAUCAGCAUAUUGCCGAUAGAGAUGAGGGAAAUGGAAAAUUUAAUUGAUUUGUUUGUGGAUGAGAAUCCUUUGACCAGUCCACCGGCAAGUUUGUGUAAAAGAGGUAGAGUGCACAUAUUCAAAUACCUAGAGACUGAAGCGAUGAAAAUUGUAAGCAAAACCGGAGGCAACACAGGAACGUUGGGCAGGCGAUCGAGAAAGGGCGGUGCUGGUUCACCGGGUCCUCCUCAUUUGGCCAGCAGACUGAAGCACAAACGACAAAACGUCGAUAGCGGUUAUAGUACGAGUAGCGACGGUUACGAGAAACGGUGGUCUCAAGAAAUAGGGGGAGAAGAAAAACCGUGGCCUUCAACGCCUAUUUUAGGAAGAACUAUCGACCAAUUAGGAGCCAGAUCGACGAAUUCGACUCCGUCGACAAUUUCUCCAGCUCCACCCGACUGCAUUGAAGAAGACUUUACAAAAACUAAUUAUAAUAAUGGUGAUUAUGAUAAGUUGGAGCGAAAUAUCAAGGAUUAUACAAAUGUUCGUCUAAGUCCUUGCACUGAUACAAUUGCUAACGGAAACAACGCCGAUGAUAAACCUAAAAUUCAAACGUACAGGGAGUACAAAGAAGCCUUAAAACAACAACGCGCGCACGAUGUGCCUUCGAUAUACCGUACAAAAGACAACGAGGAGCAAAGCUACAAUAAAACCGAACCAAACACUCCCACACAUCAACCCUCUAUUAUAUCGCAAAGUAUGGCGACAUCAAAAUCAGAUCCGACUCCUUUGAAUUCGGCUUUUAGUAGCCCCAAGCACAUUUUCGAUGAUACAAUGAAUAUGAAGAAACCAGUGCAAAAAGUGCCACCAUCUAGGAAUACGAAUUUUUCGCCCAGUACUUAUACUAACGGGAAUGGCUUGGAGAGUAAGUCCAGGUUGAUACAAGACUAUGUCAAGCCUAAUUCGCCUGUUAGAGGACCUACGGGGAUUAUGACGCAUGAUAAUGUGCCAAUAAAUGUGCCGACUGUGAUUUUAAAUGGUAAGAACAAUGUGAGUCCUAGAAAGCCGACUGCAGCUUUCUUAAACGGUAGCAGUCUUUCACCAAAAACAACUAACGGAGUCAAAACAAUGACUAGGAAUAUAAGUUGGAACAAAGAAAGCGAUAAAAUGUCCUUCACUAUGAGGAGGGAAAUUGACAAGGCUAGGGAAGAAACGGAUUUAAUUAAUCAGUUACGAAAUAUUAUAGAAGCUAGAUUAAAAAUGGCAUUACCUGAAGACUUGGCGUCAUCUUUAACCGAUGGCGUAGUGCUUUGUCAUUUGGCAAAUCAUAUCAAGCCAAGAUCGGUGGCUAGUAUUCAUGUUCCAUCUCCGGCAGUUCCUAAACUUACUAUGGCCAGAUGUAGACGGAAUGUAGACAACUUUAUAGAGGCUUGUCGAAAGAUUGGAGUUGAUGAGAAUCUUGUUUGCUGUGCCUCCGACGUCUUAGAAGGAAAAGGACUAGUGCAAGUAGCAGUCACCGUUACAGAACUUUUGAGGUUCCACUCGCCCAGAUCACCUUUACACGCAACCUCAAUUUCGACUGUAGUUUAAGAUUUCUUUUUUUCAUCCUUUUUGCCAAGUAGUUAACAAUUUUAAUUUAUAAUAAUUGUCAAGACAAAAAAUAGAAAUAGAUAUUUUUAGUUACAAUGAGCUCAUUUGCUUCAUUGAUUUUUAUAGUCAUGAUUCGAUUUUUAUAGUGGUUUAAGGUGUUUUUUCUUGCUUAAAUUGGUUAUACCAGGUUGAACCUAAUUCAAAACAUUACAUUUUCGCGUUGAACUAUUGACGUCAUAACAAAACUGAAAAUAUUUUUAAACGAGAUUUCGCCUCGGUUCAAAAACAAACGCAUGCGCAAUAGUUUAGGAAAGUUGACAGUUUGCUGUUUAUGUUUAUAUUUGUGUUGUGUUUUUUGUAGCAGGUUAUAGAAUCAUGAACAGAACACAAAAAAUAGAAAAUAGGCUAUCGUUAAUUACUAGGAAAAAAAAACAGACAAAAAUCCUAGUUUAUGUAUGGUUAAAUUCUUCUGAUUUGAAAACCUCAUUUUUUCUCGAAUGUAAGUAAUGACGUAAUUUUUAAACAGGUUCAAAACAGAUUUCAAAAACAUUUCGAACUGCUGGGGUCGAGAAAAAACACUUUUAAACAACAACAAACAAUUUUGCAGGUUGUGAUUGUAAUAAAAAUUUUGUGAUUUGUGAGUCGCGUCAAACUAGUGAUUUCAGCUUGGUAAAAGGUUUAUGGCGAAAUAUUGAAAACCCAAUAAUCAAAAUAAUCAAACAAUUAUUGCUUGAAAGUUAAAAUUUUCCGCAAUAUGAUUUUAUUUUUUAUGAACAUGAAACAUAUCCUGAAAAAAAUAUUAUUGUACAAAUAACUUUUAAUUUAUUUAAAUUUAUGGAGCCAUUUUUAUUUAAUAAUUGUAGGCGAAUCGGACUUAAUUUAAUUGUAUCUCACUGGACAAUAAUGUAAUCCAAUGAAUUUUAAUUUAUUGCUUAGGAUGUAAAUGCACAAAUCGCUCAAUUUUUUUCCAGGCGCGGUUGCUCUAUCAAAGAAACCGUGCCUUAGUUUAAUUUCAAGAGUAGGUAGUUUUUUUUUUUUUUAAAUUUUACUAAAAAUAAAAGUGCCAAAGAUUACAAUUAACAGUAGACUAGAAAUUUGCUUAGUUUAUUUUUUUUGGAAAUCAAUUACAUAAUAAAAUGCUUCGUAAAGGCAGUCUGCUCUUCAGUAAGUUAAGUUUUAUUGUGGUCAUUUAAUUUAACAUAAUUGUAGUUAAUAAUUAAAAUUGACCAUGCAAAAGUCAUAUUAUGGGACAAACUUAAUAUGCAAAGUUUCAAAAAUGAAUACUUAAACAAUAAUUAUUGUCGAUUGUAUUUUAAAAGUUGUGAUAUCAACAUUUUGUGUUUGUGAUAACAUGUAAAAGUUUCUGUCGUACAUUUUUGUUGAGCUUCUUUAAGGCUAUUCUAGACAAAUCCAUAUUGAAUUUGUGAAUAGGGACAUUUAAUUUUUCUUUGCACUAUUUUAAAGGAGUCAGCUUUUUGUUAUGAGUAAUUCAUUGACUUUUUGAGAUUUUUACUGGAACAAAAUAAUCUAGGAAAAAAAAUCAAAUUAUUAUGAUACCUACAUUUUGUAAAUCUAUUAUUUUUUUUUUUUUUUGGUGUUCAAUAACUAUGUUUCAAUUUACAGUUUAUUAACGAAAAAUAUGUCUAGUCAAUUUCUGAAUAAUAAAGGUUUUUUACUUAUCUGUGUGUUUUUUUUU